GUGUAGCUUCUGCUAAAUGCAUCCAUUCGUUCAUUCAUCUUCAUCUUUUUCAUUCCUAUUACUGAAUGCAUAGUGACUGAACCAAAAAGGAAAAAUGAAUGUUGCUCUGUGUGCGUCCGUGCUUUAAAUGUAAUUCCUGCACCUAAGCCAAAUUGCAACCUGUUUUGUACAUUUUUGUUAAUAUGCUUUGUUGUAAGAUCAUAAAGCUAACUAUAAAGGUAACUAUAUGGACUCAACUUAUAAAGGUAACUAUCUGGACUCAACGUAACUAUGCUUGGUGAGCUAUGUUACAUGAGUUUCUAUUACAUUUCUCUUGGGAUAAUGGUGUAUUGAUGGAAAUUUUUUCUUCUCUGUACUUGUGAAUUAGGCCUUUAUUUCUUAUGAACCUUCAAAUGUUAUCCAAAUAUGCCCAAAGUUUCUUCUGUUAUUUCUAAAUAUUGGAUGCAUGUCUCAUUGGCAAUGUGAUAUUGGUUUCCUUAUGUUUUCUCCUGCCUUUAGUCACCCCUUUUGCAUACAGGACCAGGCUUCUGAUGUUGGUGUGCUUCUUGCCGAUGCUGAUGGGAUCUUCUACUCAAUCAAGUUUUUCAAUGCAGAACUAGAUUUUCGCUUCCCAAUGGGAGCGCCAUUGCGUGGGAUAAACUCUUUUUUAUCCACAAAUCAGCUUAAGCUUUCCGAGGCAAAGGAAUGAGAACGGGCCUUUAUGAAUAGGGGACACUGGAAGCCUGGAAUCAGUUGCGCUCAAUGGGAGAUGCCAGGAAUUUGCUUCAAUACAUGUUCAAUUCGGUCAUGCUAGGUGCUCUAUUUGACAUCAACAGUUUUUUUCUGUUAUCAGAAGAUUAAUGACUUUUUUUUAGAAGAUAGUUACGUAGAAUACAAUAUUUUGGUUUUUCCUAAUUUAUUAGUAGUAAACUCUAA